AUGUCGCUGUCGCUCUCACACAACGCCCGGCAGCGUCUCCCGCCCGAGCUUAUACUGCACGUCAUCGAGAGCCUCCUCCCGCCAAACGAAUCGGCCAUCUUGCCCGCCUCACACAGCGCGACGCGCGCGCUCGUCAGCUUCACGCUAGUCUCGCGCUCGACGUACGACUUCGCCAUCCGCCUCCUGCGGAAGCGGUGCAUGCACGUCGACUCGACCAGGCGCCUAAGCCUGCUGCUGCUCAGCAUCCUGUCGCCCCCGCUCAGGAGCCUGCCGCCGACGCUGUCUCUCAAGUGCAUCACGUCGCUCUACCUGAGCCCCUUUGGCAGGUCGCUCGACGACAAGCCCACCGCCAUGUGGGUGCGCGAGAUCUUCUGCGAGGUCUGCGACUCCCUCCGGCGCCUCGUCGUCGACAUGCCCUUCGGCAGCCUGUCCGGCUACGACGACCACCUCGAUGUGAGACCGACGCUGACGGACGGGUUCCAGAGGCUGUCCAAGCUGGAGGAGCUCGUCUGCCUGCGCGACUACCCGGCCCUGACCUUCAUGCCGCAGACCUUCACUGUCAACUGCUGGAGCCUCUGGCCCAGGCUGCGCCGCGUCGUGCUCUUCAGGGCGCCCAUGUCCAGCCACUGGCUCUGGUACGACGUCGCCAACACGGCAUCCCUCGAGCUGGUCGUCCUCGCGCGGCCGUUGGACCUGGGCAGCGCCAACAUCAAGGACGACUACCACCACAUGCUGAAGACGCACGACUACCUGACCCCGCGGAAGCUCAGGGUCGUCUUGGCCGACGUCGAGAGCGACCUGGUGGAGGUGCAGACGUCCAACUGGGCCGAGCGCGACCCCGAGGGGCUGAUUGCCGUCGAGAGGUACCACAUCCCGACCUCGUUCUACGGCGACGAGGACACAGAUGAGCUGUGCUGCGGCUGGGUCAAGACAGCGGCGCUGAACGGCUCGAUCUGGGACUGGGAAGGACAGCCGGUCGUGGUGCAGCCUGGAGAUGCUGGCGAGUAG